CCAUGGCAACCGUGUACACAGCCCGGAACCCCUGUGCAAAGGUUUUCGGUGGCUGCCGUUGCAGCGGUUGCGCUGCGGGAGGAGGGCCGCUGGAUCUGGACCGCUGAGCAGGGACCCGCGCCGCCAGGGUGAGGAGAAGGGAGGCCGAAGAGCGGGUGUACUCCCGGGCGGUGGGCAGCAGCUGGGAUCGUACAGCACUGUAUGCGGGAGAUCCUCUGCUUUGCUCGCUGACCUGUGAAACCCGGGCGGCAGAGGGCGCGGCAUCGCGGGGAGCCCUUUCAGCCUGGCUGCGGCUUGGGGUCCUGAACUAACGUUCCCUGGCUCCACGAGAGUCCUACAUCAAAUCUGAGGUUCAGAAGGCUCGAGGCGGAGGGCCAAAGAUGCUGCUGCUGCCGCUCUGGUAGCUAUGAGGAGUCCUUGUGCAGGCCCAGUGCUGGAAAAUAGGGACCCAGCCUGAUACUUGCCGUUUCUGCAGACGCUCCCUCUCCUUUUAUCGAAACUUUAGGAGUGCUUUUGGCUAUUCUGGUUAUUCCCACCCCUGAAACAAACGAAACAGCGAGUCUCUUGAGGGGCGUUGCCUGGUGGACACUUAGAGAUUCACUUAUAUACACCAGAAAUAUCUAAGGGAGGUGACCUGAGAGGGGUAUUGCUACAAGAUCCUGAGCGAGAAGGACGCUACUAAAAGGGAAGGCAUAGUGAGGGGCUGAACAUGGCUUCUUGCAAGUGGUGCCUGGAAACCAAGUGUCCUCCUGGGAGAGCUGUGGGCCCAGAGGUUGGGGGCGGUGUGGCAGAGGAGUGACAUCAUAUGCGCCUUGGGACUCUCUCAGUAGUGACUGAAGAUGGACCCACAUAUGGAGAUUCAGCCACCCUCUGACUUCCAGCCAUGCUCAUCACCACCAGCUGCCAUUUCUUGAGCACCUGCUCUGUGCUGGGCACCGUUUUGGACAUUGAGGGGGGAUUCAAAAGAGAUAAAAGGCACAGUUCUAUUCUUCAAGCAACUUGCAAUUUAAUUUGGGAGCUGAAACCCACUCAAAUGAUGCAGCGUAAGAAUGGUAACAAGCAUUUUUUCACUCGAAUGGGUACUAGGAAAAAAGUUCAUGCAUUUGUCCGUGUAAAACCCACUGAUGACUUUGCUCAUGAAGCCAUCAAAUAUGGAGAUGACAAUAAGAGCAUUGAUAUUCACUUAAAAAAAGAUACUCGAAGAGGAGUCGUCAAUAACCAACAGACAGGUUGGUCUUUCAAACUGGAUGGAAUUCUUCAUGAUGCAUCCCAGGACUUGGUUUAUGAGACAGUUGCGAAGGAUCUGGUUUCUCAGGCCCUUGAUGGAUAUAAUGGCACCAUCAUGUGUUACGGGCAGACGGGAGCUGGCAAGACAUAUACAAUGACAGGGGCAAUCGAGAAUUACAAGCACCGGGGCAUCAUCCCUCGUGCCAUACAGCAGGUUUUUAGGAUGAUUGAAGAACGCCCCACACAUGCCAUCACUGUGCGUGUUUCCUACCUGGAAAUUUAUAAUGAAAGCCUGUUUGAUCUCCUGUCUACUCUGCCCUCUGCUGGACCAUCAGUCACACCAAUGACCAUUGUGGAAAACCCUCAAGGGGUUUUCAUUAAGGGCUUGUCAGUCCACCUCACGAGUGAGGAAGAGGAUGCAUUUAGCCUCUUUUUUGAGGGAGAGACCAACAGGAUUAUAGCCUCCCACACAAUGAACAAAAACUCAUCCAGGUCACACUGCAUUUUCACCAUCUACGUGGAGGCUCAUUCGCUGACCUUAUCAGAUGAAAAGUACAUCACUUCCAAAAUUAACUUGGUGGAUCUAGCAGGCUCUGAAAGGCUGGGGAAGUCUGGGUCUGAAGGCCGAGUCCCGAAGGAAGCCACCUACAUCAACAAGUCACUGUCGUUCCUGGAGCAGGCCAUCAUUGCCCGUGGGGACCAGAAGCGCGACCACAUCCCCUUCCGGCAGUGCAAGCUCACCCAUGCCCUGAAGGACUCACUAGGGGGAAAUUGCCAUGUGGUCCUUGUAACAAACAUCUAUGGAGAAGCUGCCCAGUUAGAAGAGACGCUAUCUUCACUGCAGUUCACCAGUAGGAUGAAGCUGGUCACCACUAAGCCUGCUGUCAAUGAGAAGUAUGACACCGAGCGAAUCGUCAAGAACCUGAAGAAGGAGCUGGCACUGCUCAAGCAGGAGCUGGCCAUCCAUAACAGCCUGGCCAACCGCACCUUUGUGAACUAUGACCCCAUGGAUGAAAUCCAGAUUGCUGAGAUCAACGCCCAGGUGCGGAGGUACCUGGAGGGGACACUGGAUGAAAUUGACAUAAUCAACCUCAGACAGAUCCAGGAGGUGUUCAACCAGUUCCGGGUGGUUCAGAGGCAACAGGAAGAAGAAGUGGAGUCCGCUUUGCGCAGAAAGUACACCCUCACAGAUAAAAAUGACUUUGCAGCUGUUUCUGCUGUCCAGAAGGCAGGACUGGUGGAUGUUGACGACCACUUUGUGGGUGAGCUUGAUGGACAAGGCUUCGGACUUGAGGUCACCCCUUUCUCUACCAAAUCUGGGAAGAAAUCCAAGUCCGAGAAGACACUCAAAGAGCGGCUCAGGCCUAGAACCCCACCCUCCAAGUCUGUGGCCUUUGAAGACUUUAAGAAGGAGCAAGGUAGUGAAAUCAACCACAUCUUAAAAGAAAACAAAUCCAUCUUGAACGAGCUCAGCAAAAAGGCCAGCGAGACUACACAGCGCAUCAAUGCCAUCAAGUGGGAGAUUGAUAUGACCAAGGAGGCACUGGGUUUCCAGAAGUCACAACGGGAGAAGCAAGGUGAGUAUGAGAACAAGGGGCUGAUGAUCAUUGAUGAGGAGGAAUUUAUGUUGAUCCUGAAGCUCAAAGACCUCAAGGAGCAAUACCGUACCGAAUAUCAGGACCUGUGUAAGCUCAAAGCUGAAAUCCAGUACUGUCAACACUUGGUGAAUCAGUGUCGCCUCCGCUUGCUCACAGAAUUUGAGAUCUGGUACAAUGAGUCCUUCAUCCCUGAGGACAUGCAGGUGGCACUGAAGCCAGGUGGCAACACCCGAGCAGGCAUGUUGCCUGUCAGAAGGAUCGUAUCUCUGGGAGAAGAUGACCAGGACAAGUUCAGACAGCUGCAGCAGACGAUGCUGCCCGAGGGCCCUGAUUCCAUCUCCUUCUACAAUGCUAAAGUCAAGACAGAACAGAGGCACAAUUACUUGAAAACCACGAUGAACCUCCAGCAAGCAUAUAGAAAAUAGGGCUUCAUCGCCAGUGCCUUGAAGGACAAGACCCCCAGCAACUCCUGCGUGCUCUAGUGGAGCUGCUAAAUCACCUGCCUGGAGCUACGACUACUGUGCUCCAAAACCGGGGCCCCUGCCUUCCAGGAGGAACACCCUUCAAGGGACACUCAUGCUCAUCUUCACGUGACACUUCCGGUUUCAAUCCACUGUCUUAUAUGCAGGGACGGAAUAAAGUAACUUCCUAGUUUGGA